AAUAAUUAGAGAACAAUCUAUGGCUUCUGCUGAUCAGCCUAAUUCUCAGGAAACAAACAACAACAAUGUCAUUAUUAUUACACGCAUGGAUUCCAAGCUGUUCAAAGCUGCAAUCAAUGGAGAAAUUCAAGUGUUCAAGAAUCAACUCCAACUUGAACAAUUAUUGACCCCAGAAAAGAACACAGUUGUCCAUGUCAAUAUCAUUGCUACAAAAACAAGUACUCAUAAUAAUACAACAACUUUCUUGGAAGGAAUACUUGAGAUGUGUCCACAACUGUUAUUACAAACCAAUGCAAGAGGAGAGUCUCCCUUACACUUGGCAGCAAGGUACGGCCAUGAUCUUAUUGUUGAGUUUCUUAUUAAUCGUGCUAAACUACUCGAACCGUCUGAUCUUGAGAAGGCCAUCCUUGGUGGGGUGGAUAGUAGUGAGGUUGUCCAACACAUGAUGAGACUGAGGAACAAGGAAUUGGACACUGCUUUGCAUGAGGCUGUGAGGUUCAACCAUCUUAAGGUUGUAAGGAUUUUGACAAGAGAAGACCCUCAUUUCACAUAUUUGGCUAAUGAAGCUGAUGAAACACCACUUUACAUGGCUGUGGGGGCAGAGUACUUGGAUUUGGUUGAUGAAAUACUCAACAAUUGCUCCUCACCAUCUAUUACUGGCCCUAAUGGAAGAAAUGUACUCCAUGCUGCAACUUUAACUCAAAAUCCAGCAAUAUUUGCCUUGGGAUUCAUGGUGAUAGCAUUUGUGACUGGUACCUAUGCAGUGUUGUCACUUUCCAAUGCUCUUGCCAUCACCAUUUGUGAAUGUGAUAGUUUCGGUGAAAUAUUCAGAUGUUUUGUCGAUGGAUUGUAUCUGGACAUUCAAGUCAUGUUCCAGGUGUGGGAGUGGUUCAGGAAACUUUACAUCCUUGGCCAGUCUGUUGACCAGAACGUGGAAUGGCCUCCAGAUUUGUCACCCAUUUCUGCAGAUUUUUCAGAUCUAUCAAUAAGUAAGGCUGGCUAUGGCUUUCGUUGUGUUGAAUUUUGGCGGCAUGGGAUGUUUCUCGUGUGA